GCAGCAGAAGAAGCAGAAGCUUUCUUGCUUGCCUGUGAUUGUUGUGUGCUGUUGCCUGAGACACACAACGCAAGAUGCCUGGAUAUGAUUACAAGUUCCUUGAGAAGCUCAGGCGGAAAUUCCUGUGCCCCCUGUGUGGGAAGGCAAUGAGGGAACCGGUGCAAGUCUCCACCUGUGGACAUCGCUUUUGUGACACCUGCCUGCAAGAGUUCCUCAGCGAGGGAGUCUUUAAAUGCCCAGAAGACCAACUUCCACUUGACUAUGCAAAGAUUUAUCCAGACCGUGAUCUGGAGACCCAGGUGCUUAGUUUAUCCAUACGAUGCAUACACAGCGAGGAAGGGUGCCGCUGGAGUGGACAGCUCAAGCAGCUUCAGACUCAUCUCAACAUUUGUGCCUUUAAUGUUAUCCCCUGCCCUAACCGGUGUAGCACCAAACUGAUCCGCAGAGACCUGCCAGAACACAUGCAGCACGACUGUCCAAAGCGUAAAGUACGGUGUGAAUUCUGUGGAAGCGACUUCUCCGGCGAGGCUUACGAGGAUCACCAGGGAUGUUGUCCGCAGGAGAGUGUUUACUGUGAGAAUAAGUGCGGAGCUCGAAUGAUGAGGCGCAUGCUAUCGCAGCAUUCCCUGGCAGAGUGUCCCAAGCGUACCCAGCCCUGUCCGUACUGUAACAAGGAGUUUGUGUUCGAUACCAUACAGAGUCACCAGUACCAGUGUCCGCGAUACCCAAUCACAUGCCCCAACCAGUGUGGCGUUACCACUAUUGCCAGAGAGGAUCUGAGUGGGCACCUAAAAGAUAGUUGCAGCUCUGCUCUUGUGCUCUGUCCAUUUAAAGAUUCUGGUUGCAAACACAGGUGCCCAAAAAUCAGCAUGACCCGACAUUUGGAGGAAAACAUGAGGUCCCACCUUAGCAUGAUGUCCUCCCUGGUCAGUCGACAGAGGCAGGAGAUUCAGGAAUUGAGGAAGCAAGUGGAAGAGCUGUCUGUGAGCAGUGAAGGGGUGCUUAUCUGGAAGAUAAGUGACUAUUCACGCAAAGUACAGGAGGCAAAGGUGCGGGGAAACUACGAGUCCUUCAGUCCGGCAUUUUACACGCACAGAUAUGGAUACAAGCUCCAGGUGUCGGCCUUUCUCAAUGGAAAUGGCAGCGGUGAAGGAAGUUAUCUGUCUGUGUAUAUUCGCGUUCUGCCUGGGGAGUAUGAUAACCUUCUAGAAUGGCCCUUCUCAUAUCGAGUUACUUUUUCUCUACUUGACCAAAGUGAUCCAUCAUUGUCCAAGCCCCAACACAUCACAGAGACUUUCAGCCCUGAUCCCAACUGGAAGAAUUUCCAAAAACCCUCUGGUUCUAGGAACUCACUGGAUGAGAGCACUCUUGGAUUUGGAUAUCCCAAAUUUAUAUCUCAUGAGGACAUUAGGAAGCGCAACUAUAUACGUGACAAUGUUGUAUUUCUUAAAGCAUCAGUGGAGAUCCCUCAGAAGAUAAUUGCAUAAUUUCAAGGAUUUGAGUGAAGGAAAGAAGUCUAAGCCUCUUGUUGAACUGGAUUUUCGCUAUCGUUUCCCUUUGCAUUCUGAAAUCCGCAUAUGUUCAUGGUGCUCGGCAUCAAAAACCUUUGGCUAGGUUUUUCAUUCACACCAUUGAAUGUUUGAACAAAUGACCAAGUCAACUGUGAACCCUUGAAACAAGGGUUAUCCUUCACCCCCUGGAUGUGUUCUCGGAGAGAUAUAACUCAUAACCUAAAAUUCACAUACACUUUAGUCCAUAUGCCAAGUGAAAAAAUAAA